AUGGAAGAGGUCGCUGCGGAAAGCGUGGACGUGAAACGUGGAAAUGUCUCGGACCCAGAGGACGACAGCUGCUCGGACACGGAUUUUGGACCUUCAAAACUCGGAACGAAAGAAUAUUGGGAAGAUGCAUAUCAAAAAGAACUUGAGACAUUCGCAGACAUUGGGGAUGUUGGUGAGAUUUGGUUUGGCGAGGAGAGCAUGAGCCGUGUGCUGCGAUGGAUGGACAAAACUCAGAUCCCAGCGGAUGCUGCCAUUCUUGACAUUGGCACUGGAAACGGCGCCUUUUUAGUUGAACUGGCUAAACACGGAUGCAGGAAUCUGACUGGUAUAGAUUAUUCUCCAGCGUCUGUAGACUUGGCCAGAAACGUUCUGCAGGCGGAGGGCUUGACGAAUAUCACCGUAAAGGAGAUGGAUUUCUUGAACUGCCACGGUGAGCUAAAGGGUUUUGAUGUCUGCAUCGACAAAGGCACAUUCGAUGCAAUAAGCUUGAACCCGGACAGCUCUAAGGAGGACAAGAAAAUGUAUGUCCAAGUUCUAAAGGAUGCUCUCAAGGACAAAGGAUUCUUUGCUAUAACUUCCUGUAACUGGACAAAAGAGCAGCUGCUAGACCGAUUUAUUGAAGGAUUUGAGUUUGUCGAGGAGUUGCCGACACCUAGCUUCCAAUUUGGAGGCAAGAAGGGCAACAGUGUGACGGCCCUCAUCUUCAGGAGAAUACAUUGAAAUUAGAGGAUUAGAUGUUCUUCUUUUUUUCUGUUUAUCACAGGAAAUCAUAAUAACUGUACAUACUUUUGUAUAACAAUACUUGAUUCACAUUUAGAAGAUAUGUGUAAUGACGCCGGCAUACAGUGUAACAGAGAGGAAUUCUCUUGAAAUAAAUAUGGUUUUUGUUUUGUU